UCUAUAUACAGGGCAGAAAAAAACCCAGAUCAGUAAAUGCCUGGAUCAUUGUAUAACACUUUUCUAAGAGUGACUUGACAGAAACGUUCCAUUGUUCAGGAUAUAUUACAUUGGAAAAAGUUCACGCUGAAGUGUGUUCACCGCCAAUAUGUUCAUUUGGUUACAUUGAUAAUUAGUUAGGCAUUGAGGAGAGUAAUUAUCAAGGGACUGUAUUCUUGAAGAAUGCAAUAAAAGAUAUAAAGAAAAGUGGAUGCUUUAGAGAUGGCGGACCCACUAGACUCAUCACAAUGGCUGGAAAAAGGAGAGAAAUUGCUGGAGUUGACAAAAAGAAAGGACAUCAGUGGAAUUCAACAACUGCUGGACGUCCCUGGCCUGGUCAACUAUGCUGACGACAGAGGAUGGACAUCCUUAAUGAUAGCUGCCCAGGAAGGACACGAUUCUCUCACCGAGCUGUUGCUCUCUAGAUCUGCCAAUGUAGGUUCCCAAAACGUCCACGGCGUCACGGCCUUGAUGAUUGCGGCUAAGCAUGGCCACGAGAAGACGGUCAAGAUUCUGCUUCAGAAGGGAUCCCCGGUCCUAGCUGUGGAUGAUUAUGAAUCCGACGCCUUGCUGGUGGCGUGCAUCUCUGGGAACAAGGGAAUCAUAGGCUCGUUAUUAGAGAAGGGCGCCUUGGUCAACCACAAAAACACGUUUGGCUGGACAGCGCUGAUGGUCUCCUCCUUCCACGGACACAAUAAGGUGGUUGAGCUGCUUCUGAACAGAAACGCUGAUGCUAGAGUGCACAAUAUAGAAGGAGACACUGCGCUCAUGCUGGCUGCUCAGAACGGACAUUGCGACGUCGUGAAGAAGCUUCUCCAGAAAUCAGACAACGUUAACGAAAUGAAUAACAAAACGUUUACUGCACUUCUUAAUGCUGCAGCCAAUAACCAUCUGGACACAGUAAAAGCUCUAGUGAACAACAAAGUCAAAGCAGACGUCAACCACGCGUCAACAGACGGAACCACGGCUCUUUUAUUAGCAACAGAUAAUGGCAAUAUUUCCAUGCUGAAAUAUUUGCUAGAGAAAGGCGCCCUGGUGAAUCACAAAAACGAGAAAGGAAAAACCGCUCUAAUGACAGCCUCAGUUAAAGGCAACAUAAACGCUGUAUCUCUUCUGCUUAAAAGUGGUGCCGAAAAAGAGCUGAAAGAUAACAACGGCCGAAACGCGCUUUCGUUUGCGGCGGAAUUCGGCCACAACUCCAUCAUUAGUCUUCUUCUGAAAGGCAACGAGAGCACUAUCAAUGAACAGAGCCACAUAGGCUGGACGCCUCUCAUGUUUGCCUCCCACAAGGGACACAGGGAAACAGUCAGCCUCCUCAUACGCUCCAAGGCGAACGUGUUUGCGAAAAACAAGGCCGGCUCAACGGCUUUGAUGAUCGCGUGCCAAGUCAACGAGAUUUGCAACGUGAAGCAGCUAAUAAGCAGUGGGUCUGACGUUCAGGAAUCAAACAGCGAUGGCUGGACGUCACUUUGUAUCGCGUCAGAGAAAGGACUCUUAGAAGUAGUACGCCGCUUAAUACAAGACAGGGCCUACGUCAACUACAGAAACGAGAACAACGGAUGGACGGCGCUGAUGCUGGCAGCACAAAACGGUCAUUCUGAGACUGUAAAGCUGCUUCUAAAGAACUCAGCUGACCCUAAAGUCGUGAACGGCGCCGGAUUUACCGCUUUGAUGCUGGCAGCUAAGAAAGGUCACUAUGAAAUUGUCAAUGUUCUUCUGAAAAAGGACGCGGAGGUAAAUUUCAUAAACGCCAACCAGCAGACGGCCCUCAUUGUGUCGGCUCAGAUGGGACACGCCAAGGUCGUAGAGAUGCUGCUUAAGUGGUGCAAGGCCAGGUCCUUCAACCCUGUAGGACAACGACGAGCGCUUCUGUUUUCGGCAUACUACGGCCACACCGACGUCGUUGACGUCCUCUGCAACAACGGCGUGGACGUCAAUUUCACCUCCACGGACGGUCACAACUCCCUGAUUCUUGCUGCAGCCCAAGGUCACCAGAAGGUCAUCCAGAAGCUGGUCAACCACGGAGGUGACGCGAACAUCAAAGUUGAACGUUGCGAAGGUCAAUGCGUCACGGUCUCACCCGGCGACAGACCACACAGCAUUGCGCCGAAUAACAGGAGGCCGUCCCUGCUGGCUGCAGGGAACCUUAUCUCCAUGAUACCUCUCCACGUGGCUGUCUACUUCCAGCACGACGAUUGCGUCAAGACUCUUCUCUCCAUAGGAGCUGACGCCAGCAAGAGAAACACUUACGGCACGACCCCAAUGAUGAUCGCCAGAAGACAUGGAUACAGCAAGACGGUGGAGAUACUCAAAACGUAUGAUGCCAGCGAGCCGUCUUUCUCAAGUGUCGAAGGCAAAGACCCAUUUCUGGGCACGACUUUGUCGCUUUCUACUGCAGCGCCAUUACAAGUCUUCGUGGAUCGCACGCCGACUCCAUCCUCGUCCUUUAACGAUAAGAAACCUGACGAGUCAUUGUCUGAGACUGAGUCCCGUGCAUCCAGCGAGAACCUCAAGUCUGCCUCAGAAACUUUGUCAUUGAUAACUCCACUGAAUCCAUCUGAAGUCAAAAGUGCCAAGAGCUUAGAAGAUGUUAAUUUUAUUGUACCUGUGGUAAACCAGUCCAAUAUGUUGCCGAGCAGCAAUAGCACUCCAUUGAAUCUCGCUGCUGGUGAAACACACGUGAAACAAUUCUGGCAGAGCCCCGUGCUACCUUUGACCUCAAGGGGCUACAACCGAGAGAGCGACAGCAGUCGCAGCAGCAACAGCAACAGUGAAGUUACCGCCCUUAUGAGGGGACAGAGACCUGGCCAAAUACAGCAGCUAGAAAAUAAUCGCAAUGGCGGUGGUAGCUAUGAUACGAAUGGCACGACUUUUGGCCGGAGCUCAGAUCACACCUUCACACAUGGAAGUCGUCCGUACCAUUUCAAUGUCCACAUCGCUAAUGCUGGGCCCAUCCACGUCAUCGAGCCGACCAUGAAUAUACCGAAUUUGUCCAACUUAGCGAUGGACCAUAGCACCAUCAAUGUGAACGAGACGCCACCAGAAGGAUACGAGCAGUCGAUUCACGUAUGACCGAGAGUAGACAGGAAGUGAACUUUGAGAGGAGACAGGAAGUGAACUUUGAGAGGAGACAGGAAGUGAACUUUUAAUGCCAGUUGGAAGGUCCGAACUUGCUGAGGAGUUGUGUCCCAGAGGAGUUGAGAACAAGUGCGCAUCAUAUUUGCACUUUUAUGGACGCAAGUCAAAGGUGCACUAAAAUUUGUGAAUGAUGAACUAACAAUUAGCCUACUUCUCUUAUUUGAAAGAUGCUAAGUAUUGUAUCAAACUCGUCACCCUAUUAUUACAGUUCCUCUUAUAAGAUUGCAAAUUCUUUAGGAUUUCAAAAUGUUGAACACUGACUGGAACCUGGAUACUUCGACAUUUCGAAAAAGGCUUAAGGGAUUUUCCAAGAAUUUGUUUAGGUAAAAAAUACAAAACAAAUUGGCCACACAGUGAAAACUCUCUCUGUUUUGACCAUUAUGAUUAUUGUUUUUCAAAAUAUAAUCGCCUUAAAAUUAAAUUGGGCUAUUUUAAACACAUUUUCAGCGGGUAUUCCUGCACUUGACUUAAAUGAAUAAAUAUACGUACAUGUACAUUUUCCGCACCAUCUUGUGUAGAAAUUAAACAAAAAGUUCCCUUUUCAGACCAUGUGGUCUAUAGGGCAGAUGAUGUAAAGGUCAUCUGUUUCGUGGCCUACGGUUAACGAAGGUGUCAUGUGGCCAACCCAACGACCAGCCGCCUCUACUUUCUCCAACUAAUGCCAGGUACUUAUGAGAACUGCGGGAACUCAGAGGCGCCCUAAAGAUUCCGAAAUUAAUAAUUCAAGUCUUCAUCAGGAUUCGAACCAGAGAGCCUCCGUAUCAGAAUUUAACUGGAUUGUAAAGAAGAAAUUAACAGUGCUGGCUCCCUGGAAAUACUUCUUCUAAGUAUCUUAUCUUAUUUUAUCUUAUAUAAUACAGACGUUACUUCAAAAGAGAAGAUGAUUACGUCCUACACGUCAUGCCUUUAGUCAUGCAUAAGUAAUAAGUGGAAUGUGAUAUCAUAAACCAACACCAGCUUUAUACAUUUGUAUUCAUACCUUUUAGCUGCCUAAUGCAGCGAAUGAACAUUUUUAUCAGUCCUGUCGUUAAGCUGGUUUAAUCAAUAGCUGAAAAAGGCUUAAGAUAUCAACUUUUUCUACACUACAAUUUUCGUGUGUGUAUAAUGUAAACAUGUUCUUACAGUCUUCUGUGUCUUUUUGUAUUUAUUAUAAGGUUAUUAGUGAAAACAAUAUAUAGGUCACUGCAGGGUUUUUAAAACCACAUUAUAAGUGCAUGCUUCCUUCAGACAGAAAGAAAACACUCCUGUUUAUUAUGUUUAUUAUGUUUAUUAUGUUUAUGAUGUUUAUUAUGUUUAUUAUGUUUAUUAAGUUUAUUAUGUUUAUGAUGUUUAUUAAGUUUAUUAUGUUUAUGAUGUUUAUUAUGUUUAUUAUGUGAAUGAUGUUUAUUAUGUUUAUUAUGUUUGUGAUGUUUAUUAAGUUUAUGAUGUUUAUG